AUGCGACCGCCAUCUCCAUCACUUGCAGAGAAGGAGUUUCUGUUUACCAGUCUUGAGCAGUCACUGCGACUUGAUGGUCGCACGCUGCUUGAACAGCGUACUCCUGAAUUCACAUUUGGUGAAGAACUUGGCUCUGUAGAGGUAUCCUUGGGUAGAACACGUGUUAUAGCAUUUGUAGAAGGCAAAAUGGUGCGCCCGACGCCCGACCGACCGUUUGAAGGCGCGGUCAGCAUUCACUCGGAAAUUUCGCCCAUGGCAUCGAGCGAAUACGAGCCCGGUCGCACGUCUGAAGAGGAAGCUAUGCUUGUACGCAUGCUUGACAAAGUUCUCCGACGGAGCGACGUUGUGGACAAGGAGGCACUUUGCGUCCAAGCCAGUGAAAGAGUGUGGCACAUACGGCUGACCAUACACUGCCUGGCCGAUGCUGGCAAUCUCAUCGACUGUGCCUGUAUGGCGGGUGUUGUGGCACUGAAACAUUAUCGCCGACCAGAAGUCGAAGUCGUGGGCGACGAAGUGACCAUCCACCCACCCGAGUCUCGGGCUCCCGUUCCCUUGACACUCCACCACAUGCCGUUCCUCCUCACAUUCGCCUACUUCUCGCGCGCAACGACCCUGCCAUCUGCAGCAACUGCCGCCUCUGAUACUGUUUCGGCUCUGCUGGAUCCCAGUCUAUUGGAGUCACGACUCGCGGCAGGCACCCUCAUGCUCGCGUUGAACGCACAACGAGAGCUAUGCGUGGUUCAGAAGGCGGGAGGUGUACCACUGCCGCAAGAGUCCAUCACGCAGGCGAUCGAUGUCGCUGUAGCAAGGGCGAAGGAGCUCGAAGCGCUUGUGGAGGCCAGAGUGAAAGAGGACUGGGUGAGGAGGAAGGUAGAAGUCCGAUAG